AGAGACCUCAGCGAUAGUACACUUUAUCAUACAGAAUAAUUAAUUCAUCUAAACAGAAAUGUUUCCCGCGACAUGUCAAAAUGGCCCUGUUGUGUAUCCAUGUGAAUCCGAAUACUCACAAGAAAACUACUUAGAGAAGCAAAUCGAUUUAGUGAAUUCGCCAAUACCAAACUUUAAUCAUAGUCAAUUCAAAGCUGCCACUCUGAUCAACAAAGUUACGUCAGCAAAUACUCGAAAUGUAGAUUUGCUGCAAUCAUGUCUACCUAAUCAGAAUUAUCUUCCAGUAUGGGAUGAAAGGUUUGCAAGUAGUGGGAACACGCAUUCCGGUGGCUUUGAAACUUCGUUCUCUUUUUCUGGAACCUCCGAUCAACAAACGUAUGAUGACCGUUGGUCAGAGAGUUCCCCACAUCAGGGAGAAACAGUUGAUGACAUUACUACCUGGUCUUUGGAUACUAUCAAAGAAGUAGCUUCAGCUGUCGAGGCCACAGUUUCUGACAAUCAGACAACUACCACGUGUGGGUCAGACGUUGGGACCGGAUAUGAAGAAGUGCGGCGGCGGAUGUCUGGUGGACAAAUACCCCGCACCCGCAGUCAGCGGCAGACAGCCUACGAAGAUGCUGGCCCAUCCGGUAUCUCGUGUGGCUUUGAAAAGAAGAGGAAAACCAAGCUGUAUCAGCUGGGACCGCAAGACGACAUGAAGUUAGAGAUUAAGCGACUACGAGCCUUACAGGCUCACGCCUAUCGAGAAAGAAAAGAACACAAUGAGCGGCAAGCCCUAAUCAAAAUAAGAACGAUGGAACGUGAAAUCUGUAGUCUCAAGAAAGAAAGAGAAGAUAGACGAUUUACAGUCAGUGUCUUAGAAGCCCAGCUCUCAAGGCUUCAGUUAGCAAGUGAACAACAGGAAAGAGACGGUACUCCUCGAGACGCUUUUUCAGAUGGAUGCUUCGCUCAGUCAUAUGACGAAUGAAAACUUGGAUGGGACCAACUGGAGAGCUGUAGUUCGCCGCUGAUGCCACAUUUUUUGGGAGCUUCUUUGCCACUGGGGAGGAUGCUUUGUGCUUUCAUAGUCACUUGCGGGCUAUUUCCUCGAAAAAGAGUUGAUGUCCUCAACUAAAGUUAGUAAGAUGCGUUUACCAACGAAUGUUUUAGUCUAUUCGUGCCUUGGACGAUUAGCUUUUGCUUCGGAUGCCAGCUGCGACUGGAAUACAGUUAAUACAAUCAAUUUAUUCAUGAAUAAACAAUAGUGUAGUGUACGUGUCACGUACGGCUUAACGUUGUUCACAAGUAUUUUGCAUGACUUGCUAUACUAAAAUAAUGAAAAAGAAUUCUUUAUCUCAAGAAUAGAUAAUUGUCUUGUACUGUGUUCAGUUUCGAAUAUUACGUUUUUCUUUGUAUUGUAUGCAGACACGGUUGUUGCUCAUAAAUAAAUCUUAUUUCUAGAGAAUCGAUAAAAUCUUACCAUGAGACCUUAUCUGUUGUAAUCAUGCUGUUAUCUGUAGC